GCAAUGAUCGGUAGACGGACGUCGUUUCGACUUUUGUAUUCCGUCAUGCAAUAAUUUUUGUCAUACAUGAAUUCUUGGCAAAAAAAGGGUUUUAGGUGGUUUCACCGUCGUUAACAUUAGACUUAAAAUUAAAAUGGUGUUUUAGUAUUGGUUCCGUGUAGUAAAGUGAAGCACUUGAUAGGUCUGUGACAAGUACGGUAAUGGUGGCCAUGUCAUGAAAAUCCCUACAGCCAUGGAUGAUAGCUCCGUUUCUCAUCACAACGGAGGGCAAGUGGGAUCUGAAAUAGGAGUUAGUGUAAAUAAUAAACAAAAUGAAGAAUCUAGUCAAAGUGUCCAAUAUUCAAUACCGGGCAUUUUGCAUUUUAUCCAACAUGAAUGGGCGAGAUUCGAACUAGAGAGAUCACAAUGGGAGGUGGAUAGAGCUGAGUUUGAGGCAAGAAUUGCCUUCCUCCAGGGUGAGAGGAAAGGUCAAGAGAAUUUAAAAAAUGAUCUAGUAAGACGGAUCAAAAUGCUUGAGUAUGCAUUGAAACAGGAGAGAGGAAAAUUUCAUAAGUUAAAAUAUGGUGUGGAGCUGCAACAGGGAGAUAUGCGGCCGCCACCAGAAGAACCUCCAGUUGAACCAGACCCAGCUGAGAGAGCUCAAUGGAAGCAGGGCCGUCAACUCAUCAAACAGUACCUGCAGGAAAUAGGCUAUACAGACACAAUACUUGAUAUUCGUUCUAAUCGAGUGAGGACUUUACUCGGAGUGAAUAAUGAAGAACAAUCAGAAGAAUCCAAUUAUAGGAAUUGUGACAAACAUCAUUACUCUACAAAUACUGCCCUCGGACGUAAAAUGAUGAUGUAUGACUAUGGUGGCAAAGACCAACAAUGCAAGGGUGCUGUAUCUGGUGGAUACAAUGAAGAAGGCCUGUCUGUACAAGAAAAUGCGGUCUUUGCAAAUUUCGAAUUCUUGGCAAACCAAGAAAUGGAUAUGGACGAAAUUGAGGAUAUAGAUGCCAAACAAGCUCACCACACUCAAAUGAAACAGGGUGAAGAAGUGGACCACGAAGCUGAAGAAGUCCUCAAUGAACUUAAUCUGCUCACCGAGACAGAAGCAGAUGGCGGUGGACAGGGAGAUGAAUAUGUUGUGAAGUUUCCAAGUGGCAGUUCCACCAGCGGGCCGGCUGGCGAAGCCGAUGAGAAGCCUUUAGCGUUGGGGGAACUCGCUCAACUGACUGUGAGCAAUGAGCCAGAAGCCUACGAUGUGGCUGGGGCUAGCAAGGAGUCCUUCAGGAAGACGUGGAACCCCAAGUAUACACUGCGCUCGCAUUUUGAUGGGGUACGCGCUGUAGCCUUCCACCCAAACGAAGCGGCUUUAGUGACAGCAUCUGAAGAUCACACUCUUAAGCUGUGGAACCUUCAAAGAACGGUCCCGGCUAAGAAGUCUGCAGGGCUGGAUGUGGAACCGCUGUACACCUUCCGGGCCCACAGUGGCCCAGUCUUGUGUCUGGCUAUGGGAGCUCCCAGGUCAGAAGAAUGUUUCUCUGCGGGCAAAGAUGGAACAAUACGUGUAUGGAAUCUCCCAUCUGCCACGGCCGACCCAUAUGAUCCUUAUGAUGCUGCUGUGCAGGGCCCCGUACUCCGGGACCACACGGACGCGAUCUGGUCCCUGGCCAGUUCUCACGGGCGCCUGUUGUCUGCCUCGGCAGACGGCACGGCUCGCCUCUGGUCUCCCAGGGCACCGCGCCCUCUGCUGGCCACCCUGCGCGAUGACACCACCGCUGGAGAUCCAGCUGCUGCUGACUUUGCAGAUGCAGCCACUCGAGCCGCCGUCGCCUACAAUGAUGGCACGCUGCUGUUGUAUGACCUUGAGACCGCACAGGUGGUCCUGCGCGUGUCGUGCUCGUCGCCGACGACGCGCGUGCGCUCGCACCCGACGCUGCCCGUCCUGGUGACGGCGCACGAGGACCGCCAUAUACGCUUCUGGGACGCCGUGUCGGGGCGCUGCGCCCACGCGAUGGUGGCGCACCUGGACGCCGUGACGGGACUGGCCCUGGACCCCAACGGGCUGUUCCUGCUGUCGGGCUCGCACGACUGCUCCGUGCGCCUAUGGAACCUCGACACGAAGACCUGCGUGCAGGAGAUCACGGCCCACCGCAAGAAGUUCGACGAGGGCAUCCUGGACGUGGCCUUCCACCCGGUCCGGCCGUACAUCGCCAGCGCGGGCGCCGACGGCCUCGCCAAAGUCUUCGUGUGAGCCUCCGCGUGAGUCCGUUUACGUAUACUAUUGUAAGCGUCGAGCGCAGUGUAUAGACAUUUGGAAUCUAUUAUAUUUUUAGACUUUCAGUAUGUGAAUUUUAGGUUUUUAAUCGCGAAUUUUUCACCGAUUUUACUAUGCAGUGAGUAUGCGUCGGCCGUGAGAUCUUUGUAAUGUAUCGAUGUUUCUUUGAUGCGUACGCGUCUGUACAGUUAGAUUUAUGCAGUAUUUGAUAUUUUGCAAAUAACGUUCGAAGUGAUUAUUAGCUAGUGUAUUUUAUUUAAAUCGUUUCAAUUAUAUAGACUUACGUUUCGUCGCGCAUUGUAGUGCUCGGUAUCUCGGGAGCGAUCGAACAAAAAUUUAUGAGUAGUAAAGGAUUAUUUCCGUAUAAGUAAGUAAUGUUUGUUCGUAACGAAUACUGCGAUGUAGGAUAUAUAUUAAACAUUACAUAAUUAUUCCUUUAUUUUCCUCGAAUUCAUAUGUACACAUACAUCCAAAUUGAUAGUAAAAAGCAACAUAACCGAAUCA